ACGAAGUGACACCUAUGGCUUUCUUCGGCAAGCUUCUGAUCGCGGUGGGGACGCUGCUGCUCGUGCACGCCGGUUACUACUCAGUGCAGUAUGAGUCGUAUGUCAAGUUGACUGAGACGGCGGACGCGCAAAUGCCCCCCUUCGAGGUCGUGGUGGAGCUCGUUGCGGCCUUCCUGAUAUCGCUUGUAGGCGUUCUACUCACGUCUGGCGAGAUUUUGCCCAUUCGCUCCAACGACGCACUGCACUCCCGGUCGCUGGCCACUGUCAUCUCGAGCCCGGACUUCCUCGUGUUCAACCAUCGCGGGAAGGCACUGCACAAGCGUGUUAUGUCUUAAAUAAACGGACAGGAAAACAGAGUUUAAGCUGCAGAUAAUUCAGAACUUAGAUACAACGGACACAUGCUUACAGUGUCACUUUUCUAACGUUUUUAAAA